AUGUCACAUCGUUGUCGCAUCGUUGAGAUUGAAAACCAGAUCCCUAAUAAGUGGAGAGACGGGAACAGCCCCAACCUUAAGGAAAUGGGACCCGAAGCCUUGGGGCUGUUCGGGGUGGACAAGCGGGAUGAGCUGGGGUACCUGAUCCAUCGGGAUAGAAUCCGAAUUAUCGCCGUUGGUGCAGAUGCCGCGUCAUAA